CACACCAUUCUCCCCAACCUCAACGAGCUCAAACCUAAAUCAACCCACCAAUAAUAAUUCAAAGUACCUACAAUAAUAAUGGCUCAUCAAUUUAUCCUCCAAGCAAUCGCAACCAUCCUUGUUACCCUCCUCUUUCUUUCUUCCCCCACAACUGCGGGGUCCCCAGUCCUAGACAUAGAUGGGAACCCACUAGAAGUAGGUUCCCAAUACUAUGUCCUCACAGCGGGCCGGGGAGCAGCUGGUCGUGGGGGCUUGACCGACACUUUCAAGCCCCCAAGUGUUUGCCCCAGUUACGUUGCCCAACAUGGCUCAUGGACCAAUAACGGUAGGCCCGUGACCUUCUACCCAUCAGACUCGUCCCAAAAACAAAUCAUUCAAGGCGACGAAAUGAACAUCGCCUUCGGCAUUAUACCCUUGUGCAGGAGCACUGGCAUCUGGAGGCUCACUUUCGACAACGAAACCCAUGUUCCCUACGUCGCAACCAACGGGGUAAUCGGAAACCCCGGGACCUUCGAAACGUUCGGCAAUUGGUUCAAGAUCGAAAAAGCAUUCGGAGACUCCUCUUACAAGAUCGUGUUUUGUUUCGUAGAACCUGUUCCAGCUCCAGGUAAUACUAAUCUUGUUGGCAGAAGAAGACACUGUGAACAACUCGAUGCUACUCAAAAAGGGCCAAAUGGUGAUCUGUCCUACUUAAGUCUUGUACCACUUGACCAAAAUCUUCCCUUCUUCGGCUAUGUUUUCAAGAAGGUUGAUACUAGUAGUGCUACUACUACUACUGCUUUCUACUAAACUAGCUUCGAUGGACUUAAGUUUGUACUGCUAGCUAGCUGCAUCCUUAGAGCUAAGCUUGCUAUGCAUGAAUAAGAGGUCCUUUUAGUCAUCAUUUCUCUGGUGGAAGGACUAGAUUUAAUUUGUGUAACUUACGCGCUGUUCUUCGCGACUUAUUUUAGUAAGUUUCCAUAAAUAUAAGUUCAGUUCAGUGCAUGAAUAUAUAAGUGUAGUUCUUAUGUUAGUUACA